AUGUCUAUUGUGUUCAGAAUUGUCGGAGUAUGUUUGGGCAUUCCGAAACAGACCUUUAAGUGGUAUUAUCGCACAAGUGCUAAUGAACCUUUACUCUACUCCGAUAUUACGCCGCUUGAGUUCUACAACACAAUGGUCGAGCCGAUUUUUCACCUCGAAGACAAGGUCUCUUUGAUAUCUGACCCAAGAGCCAAUAAUGAAUUCGGUCGAUUGUACACGUUGGAUUUGGUCGGGAACGUUAUAGAAGGCUCUAAAAUCGCGCGCAACAAUCAACCUAUAGAAGUGUUGUUGGAAGCGUGCAAACAAUCGAUCGCCAGGCUUGGCGAACCGGUUUGGUACAGUUGUGAUGUGAACCAGAGAUUUUCGAACGAACUUGGGCUUGAAGACUUAAGACUACAUGACAUAGAGUCAAUAUUCGGUACCGAUACAUCAAUUCCGAUGACCAAAAGUGAACGAAUUUUAUCCCACGAUUCAUAUCCAACGCACGCAAUGGUAUUGACUGGAUUCUAUGAAGAAAACAAUGAAGUUACACGGUGGCGCGUGGAAAAUUCUUGGGGUAUACACAAUACGGACAUGAAAGGGUAUCUAAUGAUGACCACAGAAUGGUUUAAAGAAUACGUUUUCGAAGUUAUUGUCGACAAGAAAUUACUGCCAAAAUGUGUUCUGGAUGUAUUUAGUCAGGAGCCAAUAGUAUUACCCGUUUGGGAUAAGCUCGCGGAUCUCGUUAAUUAG